AUGAAGAGUUUUGAUGUGCUUCUUUUCUUCGAUUGUGCUAAUGCAUUUGGCUGGUACCUCUCGCUCAUCGUCCCUUCAUUUUGUUUCCUUCCCGUUUUUCGCUCAACUCAUCCAGGUCGCAUCCUUCAGGUGAUCUUCGGACACCACAAUGUGGUCACGUGUCUGGCGAGAUCCGAAUGCAAUCUCAGCCAGCGCUACUAUUUGGCUUCAGGUGGUGCAGACGCAAUUGUGAUGCUCUGGAUUUAUAGCGAUCAGCACAUGCUAGUGCUCAACGACUCAGGUGGGAAUUUUGGUGUUCUCCUUUGUUGUCUACAAGCUUGA